CUCUCCAGUUUGGGAAGUCGACACGAGUCGUGAGCACGUUCCAAAUUUGCUCGACGUUUAGAAUACGAGAGAAAUUCGAGUGAUCCGAAUUCACAAGAGUUUUUGGCAAGAGUUUCGACUUUUACGGGGGAGAAUGUUGAUCUAGUUUGGGUAGCUGGUGGCGAUGUGACGGGUUUGGAAAUUGAGGGGAAAUUGGAAACUUAGAAAUUGGAAAAAGUUCAAAAAAGAGUAAGGUGGAAAUUUUAUUUUUGAGGAAUACUCGAAAAUCUAAGCUGGGAAUUUACUUUAUAACGGUUUCAUUGUGAAUGAAAGUACAGUGAAAGUGAGCAAGAUUCAACUUUUAGCUGGGUUUUUGAAAUUUCAGAGGAAGUAAAAAACCUGAAAUUUUAACCGCUUUUUAUUAAAGACGAACUUAAAUAGAAAAUCGAAUACAAAAAAUCGGGAAAAAAUCGAAUUGGAAAGUUUUUUUGGAAAAUUGAGCAGAAAAGUAGUUAUAAACUUUUCCCUUCUUAAAAAAAUAAAAUAGACCAUUUUGAGUGGAAAUUUGAUCGCUUGUGUAACAAUUUCGGUGAAAAUAACUAAAACAAAUUGUAUUUAUAGCAAUUUAUCUUUGAAAUCGAAAUUUUCUGUGAAACUGAACACAAAAAUUGUAUUCACUAAAAUUUCAUCCUUGUGAACUUAAAGUGAAAGUGUGUCUACGAUUUAACUUUUACGUGGAAAUUUGGCACAUUCUCUUCCCCAAAAUUUUACUCGUGAACGUUCUCAAAAUCUAAGACAAGGAUCCUCCAAGGGUUUAGAUAGAAUUUUGAGAAUUUACACAAGAAUUUAGAGCACAUGCUUUCUCAUUAAUUUCGGAUUUUCCUCAUCCUCCCAAAUUCGAGUUGCCUUUGUCAUCAUUAAUUUAAACAAGUGACAUCAACAACCACUCCAGAAGUAGGACAAAGAGACAACGUAAACCUCUCCUGUAAUCGGAUUGAAUAUAAUUUCGAAUUAUUGAAAUAAUAAUAAUAUCAAAGUGAAAGUCGGAGUGAAGUGGGGCUUCAGAUUGACGUAGAUGAAGUGAAUUUAGGAACAUUAAUUAAGCUGCUUAACUAAUAGGUGAAGAGUAAACCUUAAAAUUAGUAAAUGCCAAGUUAAAAAUUUAAGAGAAAAUUUUAACAUCAAAAAACAUUUUUUUGGUUGGAACACUGUUGAAAAAAUUGAGAAAGUGUAAUUUGUGAUAUUUAAACAAAGUUCGACGGCGACAAAGAAAUUUAUAGAAUUUGUUUAGUUGCAGGAAUUUUAUAAGAUAGCGGAUGACGGAAAGUGACGGAAAGUGGAAAUUUAGAAAUUAGUGGAAAUUUAUAAUAGAUAACGUGAAAUUUGACCCUUUCCACUAAGAAAUUGAUCCAGUUGCAAAAUAAUUUAUGAAAUUUUUAUGAAAAGAAGAUACCUUUGUUUUCACCGGAAUCAUGAAAUUACUCGGAAAUCUGGGAAUUAGUGGGAUCUUUUUACUAUAUGUUUUGUGCUGGAGUGAUUUAUCUCAAAGUUUGACCAUCCCGCCAUUUCGCGCGAGUGACGCGCGACCCGCGCUGGGCCCGAAUCCUGAUGACAAGGCGCCUCCUCCACGAAUUCCCCCACCCCCACCACUCCCAUCCGUCGUGUUUCCCGUGGUGCUCCCAAUCGUGAGGAUUUCGCCGACCAUGCUGGGUGCAUUAAAAUGUUCAGACACCGAGUUCCAAUGUUCCAAUCAACAGCACUGCAUCCCAUCCCGAUGGAAGUGUGACGGUGAACAUGAUUGCAGCGAUGGGAGCGAUGAAGAUCCGCAGAUGUGCAGCAACUUCACCUGCAAUAUCGAUCAGUUCACCUGCUUGGAAGGGACGUCGAAGAAGUGCUUGCCGCUCACCUGGGUUUGCGACGGCACGCCAGAUUGUGCGAAUGAGUUGGAUGAAAAGGCUUGCAAUGCGACCUGUACCUCGAGCGAGUUCACGUGCAAGAAUGGAAGGUGUAUCGUGUCCCAUUGGAGAUGUGACGGUAACAACGACUGCACGGAUAAUUCUGAUGAGGAAAACUGUCCCCCGAGAACUUGCACGCCAGGAAAGGACUUUAUGUGCAAAAAUGACUCUUCUUGCAUUUUGGCGAAUUGGCAUUGCGAUGGCGAGUAUGAUUGUGCGGAUGGGUCUGAUGAAAAGGGUUGUUCACCCGACAGUAUGAACAUUACGUCCCGCUGUGGAAAAUUAGAGUUCGAAUGUGCCGACAAGAUUACAUGCAUACACUCGUCCUGGGUUUGCGAUGCCGACGUUGAUUGUCCGGACGGGGCAGACGAGAAGGAUUGUGACCGUCCAAAAUGUCGCUCUGACCAAUUCGAAUGCCGCACGAAUGGGGAUUGUAUCCCGGGCCAUCUUCAAUGUUCUGGAAUGCCAGAGUGUAACGACGGAAGUGAUGAAGAGCAUUGUGCCACGUCCACACCGUGUGAUCCAUUGACCCACUUCUCCUGCCAAACUUCCGGCCUGUGUGUCUCCCUGGAUAAGAUUUGCGACCAACGGAACGACUGCGGCGAUUGGGGUGACGAGCCACGUGACCGAUGUGGCGUCAAUGAGUGCGCGACUGAAAACGGAGGCUGCGCUGAGAUCUGUGUCGACACGCCGAUCGGACAUUACUGCGAGUGCAAGGCAGGCUUCAAACUGGUCGGAAACUCGACUUGCGAAGAUAUAAACGAGUGCGAAACGCCGGGGACGUGUUCUCAACUUUGUGUGAAUGAGAAGGGGACAUUCAAGUGUGAAUGUGUAGAAGGCUACUUGCGUGACCCGAAGGACCACACGCGCUGUAAGGCAGUUGAAGGUCACGCCUCCCUUUUGUUCGCCCUGAGGAGAGAUAUCCGCAAAAUUUCACUCGACCAUCUCAAAAUGACUUUAAUUGUGGAGAAGACUCGCAGCGCCACAGCACUUGAUUACAUGUUCCGAACGGGAAUGAUCUUCUGGACGGACACGCACGAAGGCAAGAUUUACAAGGCGCCGAUCGACGAGGGUAGCGCCAAAUCGGUGGUGGUCGAGGAAGGACUUAGCAACGCGGACGGUCUGGCGAUUGACUGGGUGUACAACCACAUCUACUGGACGGACUCGGGCAAGAAGGACAUCGCCGUGGCCGAAUUGGACGGAAAAAUGAGAAGGACGCUUAUCAAGGACGGCCUCGUGGAACCCAGAGCCAUCGCGGUCAAUCCUGUUGACGGCUGGAUGUACUGGACGGACUGGGGAGUGACGCCGGGUCGUAUUGAGCGAGCCGGUAUGGACGGGUCUCGGCGGGAGAUAAUCGUGUCGACCGGACUCAAGUGGCCGAACGGGCUGACCCUUGACCUCGUCCAAGAGCGCGUCUACUGGGUCGACGCCAAGAUGAACUCGAUCUCAUCCGUCAACUACGACGGUUCCGAUCGCAGACUGGUCCUUCAAUCUCAUUCAGCGUUGGCGCAUCCCUUCUCAAUUACGACUUUCGAGGACUGGGUGUACUGGACCGACUGGGCGAACGAAACGAUCUUCAAGGCGAACAAAUUCACGGGAAAGGAACUCUCAGCCAUCAUCCCGCCAAACACGGUAAAGCACGUAAUGUCCGUUCACGUGUAUCACGCUUACCGUCAACCGGACGGUGAAAAUCAUUGCACGCCGUUGAACGGGCGGUGCUCACACCUCUGCCUCCCCGCCCCCAAGGUCAACGAGCGGUCACCCCUUAUCUCCUGCGGAUGUCCGGAUGGCCUCGUCCUCACCAACGAUGGACAAAACUGCGCCCCGGAUCCGGCUUUCAACCUUCAUCAUUUGCUGCACCGAAUGCAAGAUGCACUUCCGGACGAUUCCAUGAUGAAGGCUGAACUGAACAGGACAUUGUUUCCAGUUAUCGGAGGAGGGAAACGGAUCUCUAAACCGGGAAGUAAUCGGGGCCAGAAUAAUGUUCAACGAGGGACGGAAUCAGGAAUGGACCAAGGCGACCAAUAUUCUCACGUCUCUUCGUCCUCUGAACCGGACACAAACACGAUUGCCGGUAUUGUGAUUGGAAUUCUGUCCGCGCUGCUCGUUCUCGUCAUUCUUGUCGUGCUCGUCCUCUACCGCCACUUUUUCGUGAAGGGGUCCGACACGAUGAACUUUGACAACCCGGUGUACCGCAAGACGACGACGGAGGAUCGAAUCUCAAUCGAAAAGAAUCGCUACAACAAGUCCUUGAACAAUGGCGGAGGUCACGGCGGCUUCAACAAUUCGACCUCUUCCUCCAUCACCAUUUCCGACGAGGCUGAAGAACCUCUGACACGGCGGGAAUCUCAACCAAUCGCGAUUCAACAGUCGUCAUCCAGUCAAAGUCGUCUUGGUCAUCGAGGUCAAUGUCAAGUUCAACCAAUGCUUAGUCAACAAGAAGAGGCGUCCGAAUAUGUAUAAAUUUCCUAAAACUGUGAAUAUUUUGGAGUACAUGAGUCGAGAAUGAUUUUGAUUUUGGAUUUCUUGCCGUCUUUUUUUCUUUAAUUACAAAAAUGAUGAGUCACAAAAUACAGAUAAAAUUGUCUGAGGAAAUUAUGAACAGCCAAAAACCUUGACUUACGACUACAUAAAUUGUUAUUCUUCUUAUUACACUUUGAACUUAAAUAACCGUGCUAAAUAAAAAUAGUGCUUAAUUAAUUGUAGAAAAUGUAUGUAAUUUAAUAAAAUUUCCUAAAUA